AUGUCAAAGCGUUUUCUUCCACAAGAUAUCACGGGCUCCCUUACACCGAUCCGCAGUUAUGAGUCAGAAUCCUCUACCCAUUUACCAACAUAUGCACAAUUCAAUAGUAUAGUGAGGAAAUCGUUGGAUGUAACGUCACCUAUAGAUGAUCUUGAAUCAGAAGAACACGUUAGGAAUACUUAUGAAGUUCCUGUCCAUUCUCUGGGAGUAUCACCUUCCAGGCCAAAUAUAUAUUCCACUCACGUUGAAGAUGACCGAUUAAUUGAUAAUUUAGAUCAGUUACGAUCUGAGAAGAGAAUAUCAGUUGACGUCUCUAUUGAUAAUAGACAAACAGUUUUCCAAGUUAAUGAGAUUAUUUCAGGCAUGGUUAUUCUAGAGAACAGAUCAAAAGGAUUAGCUGACAUAACAGUGGUUUAUAUUCAAUUGCAGGGAUGGCUUCAAGACUAUAAGUUCCUUUCAAUGGUACACAUUAGUCCUGAAACUACUUGUGCCAUAAAUUUGAAACCUCGGGAAAAACGACAAUUUGAGUUUAAAUUCAAAGUUCCAGAGCAAAAGAUUCUUAUUAACGAUCAGGUACCACUUCAUGCGAACAUGUACCCUUCUUGGGAAGCAACCGAUUUGGAAACACACAGUUUGGGAGUUCCCAUUGCAUAUCUGAUUUCAUGCCAUGUUGUGGGCUUAUACAAGCAUUCUAUUCCUAGUGAGUACUUUAUUAUGGGCGAAAUGACUUUACCUAUUCAAUUAUACGCAAUAUAUCCUCCACUGGAGCUGUUUGUUGAAUUGGAAUAUAACGAAGCCAUCUGUACAAAAUUGAAAACUCAUUUGAUAUGGAUCAAUAAACAAAAUAUUGAAAAAUGGACAGAACCUUUAUUUCUUAAACCAUCAAGAAUAGAUCUGAAGAUAUUUUCAAUCCCAGAUUCCGUCACUAUACGUCAUGUUAGUCCGUUGCACCCAAUUCCAACACAGAAACUCCGUAUACCUAUUAAUAUACAUGAUAGUAAAGCGUAUAAUUCGAUUAAGGCAGAUUUAGUUGCCGUUACAGUCAAAUCUCCGACGCAUAUACCUAUAAUAUUGACCCAUUCCAUGUUUUAUAGACAAAUGGCUUCUUCCCAUAUUGAUUAUUCCACAUUAGUUUCAGGUCCAUUAAAGCAAUUCAUUGGAAGAAUUAAUAAAAUAGGCAGUCAUUUUGAGACGGAGGAAAUUCUGGCCAUAAUGAAUGACUCUCCAUCGACUUCACCAACAAAAGCGAGCUCCUUAUCAAAUCUUAUUGUUGAUGAUGAGUUAUCUGCUAAUCUUGAUACUCUUAUCAAUCUCAAAGUUGCUUAUACAACAUUACCUUUCAUUAAACCGAAAAUAACACCUACAUUAAAUGGGUUAGAAAUUGAAAUUAACUUGAAAUUCUUACAUUUGAAAGGUAAGGACAUUGCUGUGGCAUCUAACAGGUUUGGAAUGGAAGGGUUUCAAUUAAUACUGGAUUUUCAAGGGUGUCAUGCUGCCAGAUUAUAUUACCUUUCACUAGAACUAGGUUAUGCAUCCAAGUUCUUAGUGCAUUUGUAUUUACCGGUUAAGAUUAGUUAA